UUUAGCUUUAUUUUUCUAUAAUCAUAAAGUACAAAAGUUUAGUGUUAAAGUACAUAAACAAAGUGCUUUAUUUACUGUGACCGAGGUUCAAGAACAAUGGAAAAAGGCUCAAAUUCCUACUUGUGAGACUUUAAAUGCCAUCAAUAAGUUAUUGAGAAUGUUCAAAAAGUGGCAAAGUUUGCAGCGUAGUUAUAAACGGAGACAAUCAUUCACGCAAAUCAAAAAUGAAACUGUUUUUAAGAAUAAGUUGAAGGAGUUAUUUGAUAUUGCUCACACAAAAGCAGCCAAAACCUUAAGUAAAGAGGGAUAUGAAUUUUUGCUAGCCCAGAGAUCAUCAGGUCGGCGUGGAUUUAUUGAUAAUUUUCCAUAAAAACCUCUAACAUAAGAAGAACUGAUGGAGGUAGAUGAAGAAAAUUCGGAUGAACUGGUUGACAAUAGUACCAUCACUCCAAGCCAAGAUAGUAACACUACUUCAAGCCAAGGUACACUAACAACAUCACAAUCAACGAUAAGUCAUGUUUCAAAUUUCGAAGAUGAAUUAUCUCUGCCAAAAGUGACUUCAAAAAUGUCUAUAAUGACACCUGAACUUGUUGCUGCAUUAGAUCGCGGAAAUGUAAGCAGUAGAAAUGCUACUUAUAUCAUAGCUGCAACUUUAAAGAUUGUUGGAUAUGAUCUUAAUGAUGUUAAUUUAAGCUACAGUACUAUUCGACGGGCACAUAUAUCUCUAAGAGAAGGUAUAGCUAGAGAACUAAAGGAACAAUUGAAAUUGGAUGAUAAUUACGUUGUUCAUUGGGACGGGAAACUUUUAAGUGAUAUAGUUAGGUCUGAUACCGUUGAUAGGCUGCCUAUUGUUUUAUCAUCAUCUGGUGAAGAACAAUUAUUAGGAGUUCCAAAAAUAAAUUCUGGGACUGGAAUAGAACAAGCAACAGCUGUACAUUCGACUCUAGAUCAGUGGGGUGUUAGUCGAUAUGUUAAAGCAGUGUGCUUUGAUACUGCAGUUACUAACACAGGUAUUUAUCACGGCGCAGGUGUUGAAUUAGAGAAAGCUUUAGGUCGGGAACUUAUUUGGUUACCAUGUCGUCACCACAUGUUUGAAAUUAUUUUAAAAAACGUUUUUGAAGUACAUUGGCCUAAACAAACAGGCCCGAACGUGCCAAUCUUCAAUCGAUUCAAAGGUUUUCGGAACAAAAUUGAUAAAUCAAAAUUCAAAGCGGGUAUAGAAGAUACCGCUGUUGAUCAAGCUUUGUCAGACAUCACUGAUGAAAUUUUAGGAUUCAUUGGAGAAUAUUUGCAGAAAUAUCAUCCAAGGAGUGACUACAGAGAAUUUUUGGAGCUGUCAUCAGUUUUCUUAGGAGUUGUUCCAAAAGAAAAUUUUUCGUUCAAAAGUCCAGGAGCUAUGAGUCAUGCUCGUUGGAUGUCCAAAGCAAUAUAUUGUUUAAAAAUAUUCAUUUUUCGGGAAGAAUUCAAACUCACAACUUAUGAGAUAAAUAGCCUCCGAGAAAUAUGCGUUUAUCAUCACAAAUUAUAUAACAGCGUGGUUUACUUCGACUUCAGCGACUUUGGCCGCACAACAUGAUUUAAUUUUCAUGCAGAAAUUAAUUCGAUACAAAGCAGUAAAUUUGGCAAUAUCAACUGCAACUACUGAAAAAAUGAAGAAUCACCUAUGGUAUGUACCUGAAAAAUUAGCCGUUAUAUCUUUAUUUGAUGGAUGUGUACAAAAUGAAGUGAAAGAACAAAUUAUUGUUAAUUUGAAGAAUCGAGAUGGUUUUAUGCGAAAGCCAAAAAAUUGGAGAUGAGACAAGAAGACAUUGAAGGAUUUUUGCAGAAAGAUAUGAGUGAUUUUGUAUCAAAAGAUUCUAUGUUCAUUUUUACAGCGUUUAAUUUACCGUAUGAUUUUAUGGAAAGAGAUGUGAAUUUUUGGCCUCUUGAUAAAAGUUAUAAUGAAUGUGUGAAGAUUUUGGAUAAAUUGACUGUGGUUAACGAUGUAGCGGAACGUGGGGUAGCGUUGAUCGAACAUUACAAUAAGUGUUUUACAAAAAAUGAAGAACAAUUGCAAUACUUAUUACUUGUUAUCAGUGAAUAUAGGAAAAAAUUUCCGAAUUGUAAUAAAACUACUCUAAUGUCACAAG